AUAUCGAUGCCUUGCUGACGCGUGUUUCCUUCAGGUCGGGGCGAUGGCGUAUGGAAAUCCGAAGUGGGCGUCUGCGGACGAGUCCACCCAGUGGGUCCUUGGCGAGGAAAAGGCUUUUCCUGUCAUGAAGGCUGCCUGGGACCGCGGAAUUAACACCUUCGAUACCGCCAACAUCUACUCGAACGGCGACUCUGAGCGCAUUAUCGCCAAGUUUAUCGAGAAGUACCAAAUCCCUCGCGAGGAGAUCAUCAUCGCGACCAAGUGCCACAGCCUCGUCGGCAAGGGCCCCGACCACGACGUCUUCACGCCCGCGCUGUACCCCGCCAUGCACCAGCGCAAGGAGUAUAUCAACCAGUCAGGCCUCUCGCGCGCGUCCAUCUUCUACAACGUGGAAGAGUCGUUGAAGCGCCUGAACACGCCAUACAUCGACCUCCUGCAGAUUCACCGCUUCGAUUCGACGGUCCCGCCCGAGGAGAUCAUGAAGGCGCUGCACGACCUAGUCGAGUCGGGCAAGGUGCGCUACAUCGGCGCGAGCUCGAUGCGCACGUGGCAGUUUGCGUUGUUGAACGAGGUCGCGGGGAAGAAUGGGUGGACGAAGUUUGUGAGCAUGCAGAAUGAGUACUCGUUGCUCUAUCGGGAAGAAGAGCGCGAGAUGAUUGCGUACUGCAAGUACCAUGGCAUCGGCAUCAUCCCAUGGCAGGCCCUCGGCGGAGGCGCCCUCGCGCGUCCCCCCAACACCGAGACGCCGCGCACGAAGCUCGUCAAAGCCUUUGGUAUGGGCAAGGAUCACCCGUUGGACGCGGAGAUCAUCAAGCGGGUCGAGGAGAUCGCGAAGAAGCGCGGCUGGGCUAUGUCGCAGGUCGCCCUCGCCUGGGCACAGCGAACCGUCACCAGCCCGAUUGUUGGCUUCAACUCCGUCGAACGUGUCGGUCAGGCGAUCGUGGACGGUGAGCUCACGGAUGAGGAGGCGAAGUAUCUGGAGGAGCCGUAUCAGCCGAAGCCCGUUCGCGGUCACGAGUAGACUGCUACAUAGACGAGUUCGACAUACCGUGUAUUAUGAUGUAUCGAGUAUCCUCAACGAUGUAUGACACAUAUCUACUCGUGCUUGGG